AUGAGGUUCUUCGUUUCUUGCUUCGGCGGCGCCGGCGAACCCACUGCCGCCAGGAAGCCCGUCGUUCCUCCGCCUUCCCGGAAUCUCCGCCGCAACAAGACCCAUUGGCGGCCCGCCCUCGGAUCAAUUUCCGAGGAAACUGCGCCGCCCCUCAGGGAGAGGGAUGCGGCGGCGGAGGCCGCCGGGGACGUCAAGAGGAUUGUCAACAGCAACACUGCAAAGGCUCAACGCCGUCACUACGGCGAGGAUUGCGAUUACAGCCGAGUUGUCAUGAACGCGAUUAUGCCAACAUUCUCUCCUACGCCAUUCAUGUUCUGA